UCUCAUUAACAUUAGAUGCUGUCUUGCUAUUUUGUUGCUUGUCUGAGAAGUUAGUGAUUCCUCUUGUUAUACUGUUCAAGUGAAUUUAUUUGUUUUGGGAAGGAGGACCAUUUUUUUCUAAUAUCAUAAUUUCAGUUAAAUGUUUCUGUAGAGUCCUGCUUUUCUUGAGUUACUAACCAAUUUUCAUCUAUGCAAAUCCUAGAACGCUAAGUUCAUUCUUCUGAACUGCAUUGCAUUAACAUGGGGUUACUGAAUCUUGGAAAACAUUUUUCUGUGUAUAAUGGCAUUGCAAAAAGCUGAAUGCUGUUCAGAAGGUAAUUGCUUAUUAAGGUGAUUCUCUUUCUGUCACUCAGGAUGGGUUAUAGAUUUCCCAAGAGACUGAUUUUCUUUCUGAAUGUAAGUAUGCCUACAGUCACUGUAUGUUAAAUGUGAACUGCACCGAAGUGCCUGUCCAAAUGUCCCUGUUUAAUUCAGAGUUUGUAUUGGUGGAAUGUUUUCUCCAAAACCAAAACAGAGUCAGACAUCAUGCUAGUACUGAUUUUUUUUCAACUUGUCAAUUGAAGAAUAGAAAAUGUCCAAAGAGAUUUCAGUGUUAGCAAGGAUGAAGUGAAGCUGGUCUGUUCAACGUCUUCCUGGCCAUUCUCCACUGCCGGCAUACUUGUUUGCUUUCUCUAUCCUUGGCUGUAAACAGUGCGAAAAAGAAAUGUGACGAAUCUGUCUAAACAACUUGUCUCUUUCCAAAUCCACAUCCCAUUUUUCAAUUUACUUUUUCUGUAAAGCCUAUUAGGACUGUUACAAUAGUGAGGCAUCAGGGAAGAAAUCCCUUUGUCAUUCUUUUGCAGAAGAAUAGAGGACUUGACACUACAGACUGUAACUGUGGCAAGGCUUUUCCUGCCAGUAGCAUAUAAGCUAGUUAUUCCACUAUUUAAAAAAAAUAAUCCAUGUAUUUUACAAAUAUUGAAUUUUAAAGAUUAAUCAAAUUUUGUAUUAUAGUCCAUGUUGAUAAUGCAGAUUAUAAGCUCAUGCAGGAGCAUCUGCUUCUGUCUUUGUCUAGAUGGAGAUUAUCCCUUAAUCAUGCAGGGUCCAGGUGUCCAUUUUCAGAUUUGUUGACUCAGGAAAGCUGGAGAUAGCAUUAAAGGCCAAUGACGUUAUACUGUAGCUACAUUUAGGUUGUUGCUCCUCUGAACAAGAACAACUCUUUCUUCAACCACCCAGUGAAAAGAAUGGCAAGAAGAAAUGUCCUCAUUACAGGUUGCUCCUCAGGAAUUGGACUGGCCUUAGCUGUAAAAAUGGCAAAAGAUGAGCAGAAAAGAUUCAAAGUGUAUGCCACAAUGCGGAAUCUGGCCAAGAAAGAGCCACUUGAGGAAGCUGCAGGUCACAGGCUGGGCAAAACCCUCGAAAUUAAACAACUGGAUGUCUGUGAUGAACGAUCUAUUAAAACCUGUGUGAAUAGUAUCCCUGACAGAAGGAUUGAUGUCCUAGGCAACAAUGCUGGAAUGGGGCUCAUUGGACCUAUUGAAUGUCAGACCAUAGAUGAAAUGAAAACCGUGAUGGAUACCAACUUCUUUGGACUAGUUCGACUCCUGAAGGAGAUUUUGCCUGACAUGAAGAGGAGAAAGAGCGGGCAUAUAGUUAUAAUAAGCAGUGUCAUGGGAAUACAAGGUAUAUUAUUUAACGAUGUCUAUGCUGCGUCUAAGUUUGCUGUGGAAGGAUUCUGCGAAAGUUUAGCUAUACAAGCACUCAAGUUCAAACUGCAGUUAAGUUUGAUUGAACCAGGCCCAGUGGUUACAGAGUUUGAAAGAAAAGUGUUUGAAGAUGGAAUGAAAAUGGAUCUUUCAGCUGCGGAUGAGGAAACAGCUGAGAUGUUUACUAAUAUUUACCUGAAAAAUUACAAACAAAUUUUCCAGAGCCUGGGACAAAGUGCUGAGGAUGUUGCAGAGCAUACAGUAAAGAUAAUUCUUGCAGAAAAUCCACCUUUUCGCCAUCAGACUAAUACGCUGUAUACUCCGAUGACAACCCUGAAAUACGCAGACCCAAAUGGAGAUCUACCCAUUGAUAUAUUCUACAAAAUGGUUUUUCAUCAUGACAAAAUCUUCAGUGCAAGUCUUAACAUUAUCAAAUUGCUAAGGUGGAGAAGUAGGAAGAGCUUUGACCUGGGAAAACCUUCACAAUAAGUAUGAGAUUAUAUAGCGCAAAUUGGAAUUACUUCUUGUGGCUACUGAUAAUGCAGUAUGUUGUUAUUCAAAUGCCUUUGCUCUGUAAUUAUGAAAAGGCAUUCAAGAUGCGUAUCUGAGCUUCGCUAAGAUAUUCAGCUCAAUGCAUUUAUUUUGAACUUUACAGUUUGCAGAACCUUGAAAUUAAAAUCCUCUAACAAUAGGUUUAUUCUACUUAAUGUUUCCUCUUUGCAGAGAUCUGUUUUCAUGGGAACAUGAACAUUGACUGAUACUCACGUGUUCAAUAUUACCCUGAUCCCCUUCACGUAUCAGAAUAGAGAUGUGUACUGUACAUAAAUGAUUUAGAUUCUUAAUAUCAUAAAAUAUUUUUUACUUAUUAGAAUCUUUUUACUUAUUAGAAUAUAGUAGAAUUAGUACAGUAAACCCUCAAUCACAAAAGCAUUCUCAUUUUCAGAAAUCAGAUCUACUUAUCAGUAACAUAAGAGAAAGUCUCAUCAGUCUUAAAAUGUCACAACUAGAAUAUUUAUUAUUCAGAUAUGUAUAAUAUUCUGAAUGCUUCCUUUAUAUGCAAUGGUUACUGGCAUAUUACACAUAGUGGACAAUAAAAUGUUCUUUU